CACUCAAUGAAUAAUGCACUUUUACACAAUCAGAGGUCUUGUUCUUGGGACACAAAAUCAGUGCAGCUGGAAUAGAGCCGGACCCAGAGAAGAUCAGCGCCAUCACAGAUAUGCCCAGACCCCAGAAUGUGGCUGAAGUCAGGACCUUCUUAGGCAUGGCCACAUAUGUGGGACCUGCGCUACACAGUGACUUGCAUCUUACUCGGGUUACGAAUGAACAGAAUCAAGAGGAGCAAACCGUUCUACAGCAUGCUGGACUGUUUUCUCGAUAAGGUCAAAAAACACCCCAACAAACAGUUUAUUGUAUUCGAGAAGAGUUCGUAUACAUACCGGGACGUUGACAAGCAGAGCAACAAGUUGGCCCGGGCGCUCUCACAGCACGCCAGCGUGAAGGAAGGGGACACUGUCGCCCUCUUCAUGGGUAACGAGCCCAUGUAUGUGUUUAUCUGGCUGGCCCUGGCUAAACUUGGAUGUACAGCCGCUCUGCUCAACUACAACAUCAGGUCCAAGUCCUUAUUGCACUGUUUCACCUGCUGCGGAACCAACGUGCUCCUGGCUGCUUCAGAGUUGCGUGGAGCGGUAGAGGAGGUUCUCCCCACCCUGAGGGAGCAGAGUGUACGUGUGUUUGUGCUGGGUGAGGAGGAGGAGAAGUGUGUGACGGAGGGAGUGAAUACUCUGAGCAGCAGCAGGAUACAGCAGGCCUCAGAUCGACCUCUGGACCCACAGCUCAGGUCAAAGGUCACCUUAAAGAGCCCUGCCCUCUACAUCUAUACGUCAGGAACUACAGGUCUGCCGAAGGCUGCGGUGAUCACAUAUGAGAGGCUGUACAUGGCCUCCUCUAUGCAGGCCAUCUCAGGUGUGGCCUCUGAUGACGUCAUCUACAUCUACCUUCCUCUCUACCACACCGCCGGCUUCAUAAUGGGUUUGACUGGAGCCAUAGAGAGAGGUACACUACUGUACUGUAUGGCACAGUUGGUGAGAGUGUUGUUCUGGCAGCCGCCAGGUCGUGGGUUCAAUUCCUGCAUGGAUAACAUGCACCUCAUGGUAGUGCAGUAUAUGGGAGAAAGAUAUGAAGAGGUGUGA